AUGGUGGUAGCCACGUGUGAUGCGAAGUAAUAUCUACGUGGCAGAAGAGGAGUAAAGUAUGGGAUGAUGAUUGGUUGAUUUUUAGCCAUCCUAUUGACUGAUUAUUACGAGUAGUAUUGAGAAUCAUUCUUUCUUCCAUUCUUUCUACUGGUAUAUUUCUAUUUCUAUAUCCGUGUACGUCUGCGGUCUGUCUGUUUGGCUUGUACAGUGGUAACUGAUCCAAAUGGAGGAGUCACGGUCAUCUAAGGUUGAGCUUAUUAAACAUGCCAUUAAACAACUUAUGGAUGAACUCGACGGUGACGAUGGUCCCACCAUAUCCUCUUCCGAUGAUGAUAACCGCCGCCGCCGCCUCUUAUCCAAAUUGAUGUCUCAGUUGGAGAUGUUGGAAGAUGAGUCAGAAGCCUACUCAAAGUUGACGAAAGCCAAAAGUAAAGUGUCCAGUUCGAGAGAAAAAGAAGACGACGACGACGAUGAUGAUAAGAUAGUGAAAGAACUUAAAAAAGUAAGGAGACAGAAUGUAAUAACACAUUGCCUUCUUUCUGCCAUGAUAGUUCUCACCGUUGUUUGGCAAGUAUCCGAGGUUUCAAUCAUUUUGAAACUCAAAAAUGGAUUUACUAACCCGUUUCGAUCCCUUGGUAGCAUUUUUAAGGGUGUGAUAAAACCCCCUAAAACAAAAGGUUAUGGUGAAGAUACAGAGUCACCGUCAGUGGUUACAAGUAACCUCAUUGAGUCCUCGCCUGUUCAUGAUUUCAAAAUGCCAGAGCUUCCCUGUAUUGAGCUGCCAAAAAUCGACUUUGGUUUCAAUGGAGAAGAUUGAGUCACAUUGUUAUGGAUUAUGUUCAAGGAUAAGAAGCAACUCGCUAUAACGGAGUGUUAGUCCACGAUUUGGAUUGUUUUCAUGUUGGAUGUUGUAAAGUGAUUGACUAAAGGUUUGGUUUGAAUUAUAAUGCUCUUAUUGUCUCUGAGUUCAUUUCAUCUGCAACCUGCUUUAAGGUUUAACAUAA